AUGGAGAAGACAGUGCUUCCAGUAGCGUAUGGUUCACGAAGGUUAUCGGACGCCGAGAAGAAAUACACUACAACUGAGAAAGAUGUGCAUCGCUGUGGUCUGGGCGGCGCAACAUUUUUAGGCAGUUUCUUGUGGGGCCGAAAGUUUACUAUAGUGGUGGACCACCACGCGCUAUGUUGGUUAGACAAGAACAGAGACCUAUCGGGCAGACUGGGCCGUUGGGCUCUCAAACUUAUGGAAUUUGACUACAAGAUUAAACACAAGCAAGGGAGAUUGCACGUGGUACCAGACUGUCUAUCAAGGAAUCACGGAGGGAUAGACGAUCCGGAGGAUCAGGACAAGACCAAUGAUAUCCCAAUGUUAUCAAUUAACCUGAAAGAUCUCACCAGUCUACAGAGAGAAGAUCCCGAUUGCAAGAGGAUAAUAGAAGCAGUUCAAGACCCCGACGGAGCAGCUAGCGCAGAUCGACGGUUGGCUAAGAGCUUUAUGGUUGAAGACGGGUUACUAUAUAAGAAGAAUGUCGCAACAUGUAGGUCACAAGAAGUUACUAGUGAUCCCAAAAAGUAUCAGAGAUGA